AUGAAUACACUGUACGUUCACGGCUCUGUGGUGUGGGUCACUGUGGCGCUGUUUGUGUAUUGGGGCUUCUUCACGUACAGUGCGCAGACGCUGACUGCGUUUCUCUGGAUUAUGACCGCUGUUGUGGUGAGGCGCACGGUUCUGUUUGUGCUUGCGCGUGUGGAGCGGCUCUGCGGUGCUGGUGGGCAGAACUCCGGCGAUCAUACGCACGAGCCUGUUAUUGAGGGACAAUUCUUGGGUGCACUGAUGCGACUUCUCGCUCUCACGGUCUUCGCAGGGCCGAAGGCGACCGCUGAGUGGCGUGAUGGCGUUAUUACGGCUGUUGCCCUUAGUUGUUGGGCCACACAUGUGGAGCGACAGGCCACGGGGUGGGGACACUGGCCCGAUUGGCGGUUUCGUGCUGUUGCACUUCUCUCGGGAUUCGCAGCGCUCCUGUGUGCGGUUCUGCUGUGGUCCUUCUUCGCCACCAUUCCCCGGCCCCGUGAUGAGCAAAGUGAAACGGUGUACUACACCCUUAUUGUUUGGUCGACGACAGUUUCCGUUCGUCUUCUGCGAUCCCUCACCUUUGAGCUGUUGCAUGUUCUCUACGCGACGAAGCGUGUGGGAGGCGAUGAAAGUGAGUUUGAUCCAAUGGAAGAAGUUGGCCUCACGAUUCGCAGCAUAGGCGCGGCCAUGGCAUUCUUUUCGGCGCUAAAGUACUGUCCAGAACAUGCGGCUGCACUCAUGCAGUUGACAGUCAUUCACCGCUUCUACGCGGUGGUCGAUGCGGUGCUGCGGCUGCAUCACUUUAACGAUGUGCUUCGCACCUUCCCGGAGGUUCGCAUUAACGGGCACUGUGUGAUUUGCCUGGAGUCCAUCAGAAUGUGUGAUCGGGCCCGCAAGCUGCACUGCGGUCAUGCUUUCCACACCCGCUGUUUGCGUCGUUGGUUAAUGCGGGCCGAUCACUGUCCCAUGUGCCGCCGCCCCGCACACCAGCCGUACGAUGAGCCCAUUUCAGUCUUUAGCUUUGGCGUGGAAAGACAAGAUGUAUCAGAGACAAGGUCGCAUUCUUUACAGGAUGUCGCAGUACAGACAACAUUUAACUUGAGAAGUGUCGAACGUCCACCAUCGUUCCACGGAUCAUUGCGACCACUUAUUCGUCCCUUAAGAACAGUGAGGACCAUUCCAGUGGUAUAUGCUGAUGAUAUCAGGAAUAGUAGUAUUGGCAGCAGCAAUAGUAAUAGUAGUAGUAGUAGUAGUAGUAGCAACAACAACAACCCCCAGGGUAUCUGGAGUAGUAGACUGGAGAGGCACAUGAUGAUGCCGCCUCUUCCUACACAACACCCCCCAUCUGUUGUGACAGAAUCUGAACCUACAGUUCCACCCGUCGAAAUAGAGAAUGCCAGUGAAUUUGCAGAUAAACCUAUUCUGCAGCAUGUAAGGCGAAAUACGCGACGGAAGCGGAACCAAGUUGUUUUACAGGAACAGGAUGAGAGUGUGACAAUGACAAGUGCUGCUACUACCGUGGAAAUGGGGGAUACAGAAGGUGCCAGUGCACACUACAAAAGAUUGAGGUUGGAAGAAACCCGAACAGAAGAUGAGUCUUAG